GCAAAGGCGAUAUUGAUUGCCGCGGCCGGGCAGAGGACGAAGAAUGCAUUUGUUGACGACCUGGCAGUAUGCUGGAGGGGCGAUCGAUUUUGGUGGUUGUUUGUUUUCAUACCUAAAGCGCUCUCACAAACACACACAAAAUACGGGCAAGCCAGCCAGCAAGCAAGCAAAAGCAAUCCAACAAACAAACAAGCAGAUACACAUUUGUUACUUCACAUACACAUACUCUCAUGAGAGCACGAAAGUGUGGUGAAGAGCUACAUUAUGGUUAUGGCUAAGCGUGCGACGACGUAAACAAAAAUUUGAAUUUUUCAAAUCAGUUUUUGGCGGCACUCCAAGCGGUACAGACCGGUCAAAUCGCAUGCAAGUGUUUGCGUGUGUACUUGUGUACGAAAUUUUACGUAUGGCUGUGUGUGUGUGCGUGUGUGUUUAAGCGGGUUAAAAGACGUAACGUAAACGCACGACGCGCGACGUGAUUAAGGGAAGAAAGUGAAGCGUCUAUGAAAUAUAUUGUAUUGAUGAAUCGAGCGCCGGAAUCCUGUGCGCGUAAGGAUAUGCAUACAGAUGUACACCAUAUAAAGUGAAAGUGAAUUGUAAAUAAUAAGAUUAACAACAAAAACAAAAAAAAUUGUUUAAUAUUUAAAAAAGUUAAGAAUAAUAAAAUUGUGCCAAAUUUGUUUUAAAGUAGAAAAAUGUACAGAAGCUGACAAACAGAAAACACUGCUGACUACAUGUACCCUCGUAGGCAACAACAACAAGAAAACCAUAAAAUAAUUUCCUUACACAAACGGUAAAAACGUACAUUUCCGCACUUAAAGCAGUCAUUAAGCACACAAAAAAGCCCAGAAAUUGCAACUAAUCUCCGCUGCAAUAAAACAUACAACAACAUAAAUAAAAGAAAUUACCUAAACGCAAUCAUUAGCAACAUGGAAGCCAGCAGAAAUGCCACCCCCAUAAAUCAAAUCACUUCCACUGCCAACGCCAACGCCAAAGCUACCAUCACCUUCAAUGCUAGCAAUAGCAACAAAAACACAAACAACAAAAAUCACAACAACACCGCUUCCAGCAACAACAUUUCGAGUGGCUCGGUUGUCUUUGAGAACGGGACAAUCAUGGGUGCCGUAUACGACUACAAUACGAGUUACACCAGCAACUGUAGCAGUGGCAGCGACAGCAGCAACAGCAACAGCAACAACAGCAUUAGCAGUCAUAGGAAUAGCAGCUAUUACCAACAGCCGGAAGGGCAGUUUGCCAGCAUACCGGAGAUUGUAAUCAACGGCAGCUACAACAGCCAUCAGAAUCUACACCACCAACAACAACAGACACAAAAGCUAUAUCAACAAACAGAGGCUCACAUGGCCGAUUCAUCCAACAAUUGUGAUGAUUCCGCCAUUGAAAGCACCGCACUACUCUCCUCCACCGACAACACCAACACCAACGCCACGAUGAAUGGCGUUGUAGAUUUGGAUGCCGUUGAGGCGUCCGAUGCUGUGGUGAACGAUGAAUUCGAGCAAUUCCUGUUCAAUCGCAGCACCGAUAGCAACAUACUCGAGUCCAGUAUUUAUAGCGAACUCCAAUUUCCGCCCUCAAUCGGUAGUCUCAGUAUUGGCAGUGGCGUGGGCGCCGCGUAUGUGGGCGGUGGUAGUAGUGGUGCUGCUGAUGCUGCCAUUGUUGGUUGCAUGGGUACAUCAAUGGCCCAGCAAUGUCAACUGGCGGCCGCACGCGCUCAACUGCAGUUGCCGCCACUGCCACCGAUGAGCGCGGCAAAUGCCGCCAACGCUACCACCACGAACAACAACAACAAUAAUAACAAUAACAAUGCCAGCGUAACCGAACUGGCCGAGCUGCUGAACACGAGCACCUGUUCGCGUGAGUCAUCGUCGCGUGCCAGCAAACGCUCACGUACGCGCAAGUCGCACAAAACGAGCAGCAAAGCGAAAUGGAAUGCGAAUGUGGCUGCAAAUGCGACACAGGGUGCUGUUACAGCGGCAGCAGCUGCGGCUGCUGCCACCUUUCCACCACAAUAUGCGGCCAUAUUUCUAGAUCAUGGCAAUAUGACAGCGGCUGCCAAUGCAAUGGGACAGAUUGCAAGUGCGGCAGCUGGUUCGCCCUUCUUGAAUGCACCGAUUGUGGAUGCCGCAACGGCGGCAGCAUACUUGCAACAACAGCCGUAUCAGCUGAUAACUACGGCGACGGCGCCAUAUGCACAUCUCGGCAGGCAUCUGCACCACAGACGCUUCCUUGACACACCCGCCGCCGUUGUGGACAAUCCGACCGGUGUUAUCGUCGGUGGAGCGACUGGUGGCGGCGCUAGUCCGGCUGCCAACAGCACAAUGGUCGGUGGUGCUGCCACCGCCGUCAGUACCACCUUCCGCAAAUGCUUCUCACGUCCCAUUGUGCCCUUUAUCAUCGGUAUAUUUGCGCUUGGCGGCGCUGCGUGCACGCUGGGCGGUGUGGUGCUCGGUGCGACCGGCCUCAUUGAACACACUACCCAAUAUUUAAGCGCUUCACUGCUGAUGAUCGGCAUCGGGCUGUCGCUGCUCAUUGUGGCCGGCAUCAUUUGGCGCUUGUGCACACCUAGCGAUGCGGAUGAGUGUCCCUGCUAUCGCCUGAUGGAGACCUGCCGCAACUGUAAUAGUCCCUAUUGUAAUAAUCGUAUACUGCCCGGUGGUUACUUGUAUCCAGAGUUCCAGCAUCGACCGCCACCUCCAUCGUACUUGACGUCAUUGCACGAGUGUGCCGCUAUUGGUUUAAUCAACGGCGCUGUCUACAGUGGUCUACGUAUGAACACACCGCCGCCGUUAUAUCGUUCCACGAACUCUUUAAGCGUUUUCGUGCCCGGUUCGAACAGCAAUACGCACACGCUGACCACGAACACACAAACCACCACCUUCACGCCCACCACAGUCAUGCCCAACAAUAACAACAGCAACAACAAUCAGCCGCCACAAAGUGGGCCACCGAACUAUAUGCCACCUGUCGCGCUUCCCAACGCGACGACAGCAGCUGAGCUGCUGCCCGAACAAACGGCGCUCAUUGAAAAUUUACAAAUACAAACGCAAACACAAACACAACAGGCGCUGCCGCCAGCGCUGACCAAAGAGAUCAAUUAUCUGGAAUUGGACUAAGUAGUAAAGGGAAAAGCAAAACGAGGCAAAAAUCUAUAACCAAUACAUAUACAAUAACGUAGAAGGUUGUUAGCAGCAGAUAUUCAGCCGAAGCCAGCGACAAAGUGAAUUACUAAAUACUUGUAGCAGCUGGUGACUAAAAAGUGAAGCAAACUAGGGCUUUUCUGCUGGAUUGCAACAACAAGCAACUAUACAUGCAUACAUAUACAUAUAUAAUAUAUACAAAUAUACACACAGUAUGUGUGUAUGUAAAAGUGUUCAUGUUACAUGGAAAAUGUCCGACAGGCGGCUCAUAACUGUGGGCGGGUGCGCGCAGUCUCCUGUCAGCCAUUGACUGAUUUAUUUAGUUUUAAAUGUGUGUCUGUGUGAGUUUAGUGCUUAAGUUUUAGCUAUUAGCAAAAUAAUAAAUUGAUAUAGUAUAUAUUUUAGAUUUAAGCUCUGCUUCAAACCGAACUGAAAUUGCAUCUCUGGCUACGAAGUCGCUUACACGAUUUGCAUGCAACUGUGAAAAUAUGACUACUCAACCACACACACACACACUAAACAGUUGCAUGCGUGUUUUAACUAUGGCUAUCGGGUAUACACAAGCGCAUAUGUAUGUAGGUGUUUAACAAAUUUAAAUCAAAUUUACAACAAGUGCAAGAAGCUGUUAACCUUAGCCAAUACAAAUUUAAGUACACGCAUACAAACACAGUUGAAAAAUAAUAAUUUAUAGGCGUGUGUAUUGUUGAAAAAUACUUUUUGGCUUAUUUUUGAUGAAUUUCAAAUCUUAUAAAUUUAUAAAUAUUCGUAAUGCGUAAAUGCAAUUAUGUGUUUUCUUUAAAGAAGUUAGAAAAAUAUGCAAAAGAGUGAGUUAUUCACACACAAACACACACAUACACCAACACUUAGUAGUUAUAACAGAUUAAUAUGUACAAAAAUUGUUUUAAAUGUAUAUAAUUGAAAGAGCAACAAAAUGUGUUAAUCACACAACUAAAUGUACAUAAAUUAAACAGCAUGCAAGACAACAACAAAUACAUAUAUGCAACACCGAUAUAUACACCUAGUGUUAUCAAUUCACAUGUAAUCGUAUAUACAUACAUACCUACAUAUAUACACUUGCGUAUGUUUUAUAUAUUUCAAAUAUAUAAAUGUGAGUUUUACAUGCACACACAUGCAUUGAUAUGUAUGUGUAGGUAACCGCAAAGGAAUAUGUUUCCACUGUAACCUAUUCGUGAAUGUUGUUUUUAGUAUUUUUCUAUGCCAAAUUUUUUAAUAAAUAUAAAGAUAUUAUUAUGAUAUGA